UCUCACAAACCCCUUCUGCCCUCCGCUCUCUGCGGGGCAGUGGCGUGAACUUGAACGCAGUUAGCAGUAGUCAUUACGAGUCCAGACAGGGUCGUCUCACUCCGCUGUCAACCAGGGCAGCAGACGGUCAACAAGAAGUUGUAAAAGCUUCGGUUACAGAGCUGCAGCUUGGAACAGACAGACGCAGGACGACCGACGUGAUGUCCAGGCGAAAACUUGGAAGUCGACCGCAACACCUGAGCGCAAUUCAAGAUGCCAAUAACACUGCAGAUGCUGUUGUCCCGUGGGAGGAUCAGCCCAUUGCACCCCAGCCCAUGAUCCCCCCUGAAGGCCGGGACCUCCUUACCUGUGGACAGUGCAGUCAAGCCUUUCCCCUGGCUCAUAUCCUGGCCUUCAUUCAACACAAACAGGGGGGCUGCCAAUCCAAAAACCAAACUGUCCCCACAAACAACACUCCUCCCUCUCCUGCUAACCGGGCACACCAGCACAGCACCAGGAGCCACCCAGGGCCUGGCUUCAUAGAGUUGAGGAGAGGGAUCGUUGUGGGCCAGGCUUUGGGGGAGGAGCCAGGAGUGAGAGUAAAGGCAGAGCCAGGCAAGACAGCGCAUGAGGAGCCGAGCUUAUUCACCUGUCAGCAGUGUGGGGAGGUCUUCUCCUCAGCAUGGACUCUCCUGCAGCAUGCCCAGCACGCACACUCCUUUAGCAUCUACCAAGAAGAUGGGGAUGAAGAGGCAGACUCAAGAGCAGCUAAUAAAGUUCAUAGACCGGCCACUCUGGACCCAUGCCACCUCAGCCAGGCCCUUGCCACAGCUUUUCAGCCCUCUGCUCUUCGCCUAGCCCGCUCCCGUCAGACACAACCCUCAUCUAGAACAUCACCAUCAUCUAGCAGUACUCUCCAAGCCAUGAACUUCUCCAUGCGCCUCAGAGAACUGGCAGAGGGCACAGUUGAACCAGCCAGUGGCUCUACUGGAGGUUUGGUGCAUUCUCCAUCCUCAUCUCCACCUGCUGCAUCUCCUUUUCCCCAGAACGACUUUCAGUGUGAGUUGUGCAACCAGAUCUUCCCGUCUCUCCGAGCCCUGUCAGCACACAGGCGGACCCACGCGUGUGACAGGCCCUAUCAUUGCGGGGUGUGCGGAGAGGCCUUCGCUCAGAGCGGACAACUCGCUAGACACAUCAGGAGUCAUCACAGGGACGCCACGUGCAGCAACAGCUAUGAGAGUGUAGACGUGGCUGUAAUGGAGGAGGAGAUGAACCGGCAUGCAGCAAUCAGAAGCAGGUUUCAGUUGCAGUCAGUGGAGAAAGAUGUGAAAGGCCCAGAGUUAGAUCUGUCCCUGCCCAAACACUGUUCUCUUGCCUCAGGCAUGAUGCUGCUGAGUCCACAGGCUGCUCCACACCGCGAGCUGUUGAGGCUGUACCAGCGCCCGGCCAAUGUCGGGGAUGAUGAGGAUCCCCCGGAGGGACAGGCGGAAGCCCCACACACACCCUGUGCCAGCCCCUCAGAGGGGUCUCUAGAGAGCGGAGAGACAGGGGGCAGUGGAGAAAGUGGCAUCGCCAGUGGUAACUGCACGCCUAAGCGCCCUGAGACAAGAGGGCCGGAGUGGGACAGUGAGAGGUCAGAGGUCAUGGGAGAGGAGUGGAGUAAAGUGAGUGAGGUAGUGCAGGAGUGGCAGAGGGAGAAUGAGAGGCGCUCUAUAGGUGCCACAAACACCAGCUCUGGUCCAACAUCCAAGAAGAAGAAAGAUGAAGCCUGUGAGUUCUGUGGUAAACAGUUCCGCAAUAGUAGCAACCUGACUGUGCAUCGACGUAGUCAUACAGGAGAAAGACCAUACCGCUGUGGUCUGUGCAACUAUGCCUGUGCCCAAAGCUCCAAACUCACUCGCCACAUGAAGACGCAUGGUGCACAGGGCUCUAAAGCACCUUUCCUUUGCCAGCUGUGUGCUGUACCCUUCACUGUAUAUGCCACCUUAGAGAAGCACCUCAAGAAGGUGCAUGGCUUGAGCCAUGCCAGUGUGGGGGCCUAUACGCAGCCACUGAGCGCCACUGAGUCCAUGUCCAGUGCAAAGGCAGAAGAAGAGAGCAUAGUCCUGAAAACAGAGGAGGACGAGACCAGUCUGGAACACAUGGAGAUUGACCAUAACAUGCUCAGCGGAGCUGUGGACAACGGCCUUAGAGUGGGGACACCUGUGGAAAGCAUGGCAGAUAUUGCCUUGGCUUUGACCACUGCACCAUAAAUGGAUCUUAAUUUACCUUAAUAUAGCACUCUACAAAUACUUCCUACUGUUAUAACUGACAAAAGUACAACAACGUGUCAGAAAAAGAGAAGCUGCACCAGCUGUAGAUAAUUUUCUUGCACUGUCCUGACACUCCACGCCCAGCUGCACUCCUUACUGUUGUAUGCAAAGGGCUGGUUGAAACUUAAGUGCCUACAGUAGUUUAGACCACAGACAAAAACAAGGUAGUGACAUUCAACAGGGAGAUUACCAGAACUCUAGAACAGGAAGUGCCCUGCCACAGUCCACACCAACACAGGAAACUGAUCCCCACGUUGCAGCGCCGGAAGCAAACUACAAGUGAUUUAUCUCUCUGGUGACCAUAAGUACAGGUGCAGGCAGAUGACAUAUUCAUAAAAAAAUAUAUGAACACAGCCUAUCAUUUUAAUUACAAAAUUGUUUUAGCAUAAUUUCUCAGAAUUGGGUCACUGUGCAACUCUCUAUGCAAACGUGCAAAUGAUUAAAGGCGUUUGAGGAGACACUAGGUGAUACUGAACCUUAACACUGUCUGCCUGCAGUUCCUCACUUCUAUUUUAAAGCCUGGCUUGUCUCAACAUUUGUGACUUUACAUAAUAUUUACUGGACUGUGGCACUUGGCAUGCUUGUGCUCCUGACGGAAUACCAGUAAUAUCUAUAGACAAUUUCUGUUGAAUUAUUUUCUGCUUCUAAUUUCAUAAAUGUAAAUAUGAAAAUGUUUAAGUCCUGUCUAUUGCUGUUUGCUGUGGUUAGUGUCUAUGCAUAAAGAUACUGCAAUAUUUUCUGCAGUGUAUGUAAAACGGGUGUCUUUCUUUGUGCUUUAUGCGAGUGACUUUUCUUCCUAUUGUUUACAUUUGUGAAGUGCUGAACUGUUUAAAGUUUAUGCAUGUUUGCAUCUAUUUAAAGUACUCUUCUUUUCGCUUGUUUAAAUCUCUUUCUAAUUUAUGGAUGCUGCAUGUUUCUUUUUUAAAAAGUCUAAAUACUGAUCUACAGGGUACUAUGGUGUGCUCAUAGUUAAUUGGUGGCAUUGCUAGAGCUCCCAAGCUAGCACUUGAAUGAGUGUGUUUUUGUGUAUGUAAAUAAGUGACACUGUCCUCACUACUGUAUUUGGCUCUGGUCUUAUGUCGGGGGCAUGACCAGAGUUGUACUUUCUAAAGGUCAUUGUUAAGUUACAAGUUAUUGGUUUGUUUGUUUCUAAAGAACCGUUCUUGAGCAAAGCACAAACUGCUUUGUGAUGACUGUGAUUAAAUUGCAUAAGAGUUUGGGAUCACACAGGCAAAAUAUACAUGUGUGAUGUCAAACUGAAAUGUGAAAGCUAUAGAAAUGUUCAGGGAUAACAUUGUGUAUAUAAAAUGCUUACUAUUGCAUUCAUUGUUUUGAUUUUGUUUACUGCCAAUAUUGUUUAUGCAUUGCUGCAAACAUCUCCAAACACAACACUGGCAUUGUGAUACUGUCUGCUUUGUCUUUUUACACUUGACACCAUUUUCUAUCUGACCUUGUAACAAGGAGCCUCAAUAAAGACUUUGAGGAGAACUCUUAAGUUUGUA